CUCUAUCUACCAUUUUUUUUUUCAAAUUAAGUGAUAAAAAUUAAAAGAAAGUAAAGUUUCGCUUUUUUUUCCCCAUUCCAGCUCGCGAUUUGAGAUCUCUGCAACAAAUUGUUGAGGGCGUAUUUAUUAUUAGAAAGGCCUGGCUCUGGAUAGCUAUUUAGACACCGGCCACCAGGGGGCGGUGCCUCCAAUGGCACCUUCUCGGGUGGCUGGGGGUUUAACCCAAUCUUCCUCGAGUUCUGGAAUUUUCUUCCAAGGAGAUGGGCUGUCCCAGGCUGUAGUUAACUCUCGCUUGAGCUCACCUUAUGAGAACUCAUCUAAUUCAAUUCCUGGAACUGGGCGUCCUAAUCUGGGUCCGGUUUCGGGGGAUAUGAACAGUGCGGUGUUGAACAGUGUGGCAAACUCAGGACCUAGUGUUGGGGCAAGUUCUUUGGUCACAGAUGCAAAUUCGGCAUUGUCAGGAGGUCCCCACUUGCAGAGAAGUGCUAGCUUUAAUACAGAUUCAUAUAUGCGAUUACCAGCAUCGCCCAUGUCGUUUUCUUCCAACAAUAUAAGCAUGUCAGGUUCAUCAGUUGUUGAUGGAUCGUCUGUAGGCCAGCAGGGCUCUCAUCAAGACACAAGUGUCCAACAAAUGCAGCAGAGUCAGCUGCUGCAGCAAGGGGCCUCUACUGCUACGUCUUUGCCUGCAUCACAAACUGGGCAAGUUUCACUUCCCAUGGGUCCCCGAGUCCCAGGGUCCUUCAUGCAAGAUCCUAGUAAUCUAUCUCAGCUGCAGAAGAAACCCCGAUUAGACAUCAAGCAAGAAGACCUUCUGCAACAGCAGGUGUUGCAACAGUUGCUGCAAAGACAGGAUUCCAUGCAGUUGCAAGGUCGAAGCCCCCAGUUACAAGCUUUGUUCCAGCAACAGAGACUUAGGCAACAGCAGCAGCUUUUGCAGUCAAUGCCACCAUUGCAGAGAGCACACUUGCAGCAGCAGCAACAACAGCAGAUGCAGUUGAGGCAGCAAUUGCAACAACAAGGAAUGCAGCAAGCAGCUGCAAUGAGGCGCCCCUUUGAUGGUGGUGUAUGUGCCCGCCGGCUAAUGCAGUACCUAUAUCACCAACGGCAAAGGCCACCUGACAAUACUUUUGCAUACUGGAGGAAAUUCGUUGCAGAGUAUUAUUCUCCUCGUGCAAAGAAGAGAUGGUGUUUGUCACUGUAUGAUAAUGUCGGGAGUCAUGCACUUGGUGUUUUCCCUCAAGCUGCUAUGGAUGCCUGGCAUUGUGAUAUUUGUGGGUCUAAAUCUGGAAGGGGGUUCGAAGCUACUUUUGAAGUACUUCCCAGACUUAAUGAAAUCAAAUUUGGUAGUGGAGUAGUUGAUGAGCUUCUCUUUUUGGACAUGCCCCGUGAGAUUAGAUUCCCUUCUGGAAUAAUGAUGUUGGAAUAUGGAAAAGCAGUUCAGGAGAGUGUAUAUGAGCAGCUUCGUGUUGUUCGUGAGGGGCAGCUUCGCAUCAUAUUCACUCAGGAUUUAAAGAUAUUAUCUUGGGAGUUCUGCGCACGUAGACAUGAAGAACUUUUUCCGCGUCGUUUGGUUGCACCUCAGGUAAACCAGUUACUUCAGGUUGCACAGAAAUGCCAGAGCACAAUAUCUGAAGGUGGAUCUGAGGGGGUUUCUCAGCAGGACUUGCAAACAAACAGCAAUAUGGUCCUGACGGCUGGACGGCAGCUUGUGAAGAGUUUGGAGUCACAGUCAUUGAAUGACUUGGGUUUUUCGAAAAGAUAUGUCAGAUGUUUGCAGAUCGCUGAGGUUGUAAGUAGCAUGAAAGAUCUAAUAGAUUUUUGUCGGGAACACAAGGUUGGGGCAAUUGAUGGCUUGAAAAACUAUCCUCGACAUGCCAGUGCAGCCAAGCUCCAAAUGCAAAAAAUGCAGGAAAUGGAGCAGUUAGCAAACGUUCAGGGUCUGCCAACCGAUAGGAAUACGCUGAAUAAGCUAAUGGCAUUACAUCCGGGAAUAAACAACCCGUUAGGCAACAACCAUCACAUGGUCGGUAGAGGAACUUUAAGUGGUUCAGCACAAGCUGCUUUGGCACUUACUAACUACCAGAAUCUGCUUAGUAGGCAGAACUCUAUGAAUUCAAACCCUAACUCGCUUCAUCAGGAAGCCUCUUCCUUCAAUAGUUCUAACCAGAGUCCAUCUUCAAACUUCCAAGGGCCUGCUGCCAUUUUACCGGGAUCCAUGCAGAGUCUGCCUGUUAGUGGCUUAUCGAGUCCCCUGUUACCAACACCACAGCAGCAGCAGCAACAGCUUAGUGGUAACUUAAUGCAGAAGAACCAUCCACAGUCGCCUCAGGGUAACCAGGUUUUACAACAACAAAUGAUGCAACAGCUGUACCAUGAUAUGUCUAAUAACAAUACUGCAGUUCAACAGCAACAGCAGUCCCUGAGUGGGCAGAAUGGGAAUGCUAGUGUGGGAAGAAAUGGAAUGGGAUACGGUAACAACACUGCUGCUCCAGCUGCAGCUACCUCUAAUGUAUCCGGAAGUGUAGCAGGGCCUGCUCCGAGUCGAAGCAACAGUUUUAAAGCUGCUUCGAACAGUGAUUCCUCAGCAGCAGGUGGCAACACUGGAUUCAACCACAGAGCACCUGAUUUGUCUCAGACUCUUCAUUUGCAGGACGAUAUAGUUUCGGAUAUAGCUCAAGAGUUCCUCGACAACGGGUUUUUUAACAACGAACUCGACGAUAAUAUUGGUUAUGGCUGGAAAGCAUGACUAACGUAAUAUGGCCCCAAUUAAUGGCUCUUCUGUCGGGUGAGUACCGGGCAAAUCGAUGUACAGAGCAUUUGAAACAACGGCCCUUUUCUUCCCUAUUGUUUUUUCUUUCCCUGCCUCUUCAAUAUGGCAUUGUUGUGACAUCACUUUGUGCUUUAAGUAGGGAUUUAGUGAUCAUUUUCUUUCUUUAUCCCCCUACUUUUUCAAGGUUUUCCAGUUUUCAAGUCUUGCAAGUGUAAUCUAUUGAACGAACUUGAGAACAGAUUCUGUUUCUUAUUAAUCUGAUGUUUUACAUGUUUCACUGCCCA